UGGAAUUUUACAAGGGAUCCAAUAUGAUGAACGUACUGGGAAACCGAAGUAUAUGGAAAUACGACUUAUAUCUGCAGAUAAGGUGUCGAAAAAAUCACAAAUAUAUUUUGCCGACAUUUUCAAAACAAAUAAUGAUAUAGCAAUUGUUAAAAGUAAAGAUGGGAUGAACUUCUACGAAUACAAAAAUGGUAAAGUGAAUCAUAUCCAUACUGAAGUCCAAUUCCGCGACCAACUUGGCUGGGAUAAGGUUGAUUCCCAAAUCGUAUUUGGACGCUUCUUUGCUGAUUCUUCAAUUCUUGGAGUGGCGUCCUUAAAAAGCAAAGAGCCCAAAUUUUACGGUGUCAUGAAGGAGAAAUUGAUGCAGAAACAGCCAUCUGUAUUUCCUGUAAAAGCGAAUUAUACCCUUAUUACUGAAUUUUUGACAAACUCCAAUAACGAACUGUUAGUGCACGACUUAUUUAAAGCAGGUCAAGAUCAGCUCAUUGUCAGAUCAGGAAAAGGAAUUGCUGUUUUCAAAAUUGAUAAAGAUAGUAAAAUUUAUCAGAUCCUAAACUUAAAUUGCUGCCAACGCAAAUCAUCAUUUGACAAAAUAUUUUUUGCCAACGUGACUAAUUCAGCAGCAAAAGAUAUAAUCCAUAUAAAUGAUGCGGGAAUUCACAUGUAUAAAUAUGAAACUAAUAAAUACGAAAAAGCGGUUUAUAAUUCAAUACUUUCAACAUAUAGAGGAUUUGGUAAACAUAAUUUGGAUAAUGCCAUAAUUGCAGAUGUCGACAUCGAUGGACUCGAUGAUUUAGUACUAACUGGUCCAUUUGGACCUAGUAUUUUCACGUAUAAUAAUUACUCUAAUAUGUUUUAUGAUGUCUUUGACAAAGACUUAAAUGCAGAUUCUAGUUGCGACAAAGUGUUACAGAUCACCCAUAUCUCGAAUAACAGUUUUUUGUCUGAUGUACUUGUUGCCAAAGAUAACAAAGUAUACAUUUCCAACUUGAAGUAUGAUGAACUUUCUGAGGAAUUGCCAACAUAUAAUCAUGAUAUUGAUCUAUUACCCGAGCACAAGAACAAAUCAUUUGUAGCACCAAAAAUUGUUGUUAAGCAGAACAUCAAAGAAAUUGUGCUUCUACGGGAUCUAUUGGAUGUACAACCGUUUUACAAAUCCGUGGACAUUUUAACUGGAAAACCAGAAAUUCAAUUAUCUUUGGUUAAAUUAAAUGCUCCACUAGAUUCUUGGAAUUUGAAUUAUAACGUCCAUAAUGCUAACACUGCAGUAGGAGUUGGAUGGGAUACUGAAAUGAGUUAUAUAGCACUAUAUGACUCUAAUAGCGUUUUUCCGGAAGAUCACAACUAUUAUUGGUUUUAUCGUGGAAACCCUCAAAUUCUUCAAAAAGAUAACACCUUAUCAACAUCAGAAAUACUUUACUUCUAUAUAGAAGACAAAAGUAAUCAUGAUAAAAAAAUCACUGCGAAGUACACAAUCAAGAACGAAGCCUGGGAAUUAGAUGUACCAGCAUUUAAACAUCAUUAUGGUAAAUCUAAUUUAGGCCACGAUUGUAAUGCUAUUACAUGGACUGCUAAUUGGAAAAAUUAUCGAGGAACUGGUACAGAUGUGAAAUCUAUUCUGAGGUCACCUCAGCAGUGGUACUUAUGUGCUGAUGUGUCUAAAGAAUCCAAAAACAUUAUAAAUUAUAACUACUAUUCAGUUGAUAUAACAAUUCCAGGAUCUGGUGUUAAAUAUACAAGAGAAAUUUACUUGAAGUCUGUUGAUGAUAAUGUAGGCAAUUCUAUCACUUUUCACUAUAAUGAUCGCAUUAAAACAGAAUUUAUUUUACCGGAGGUGAUAAGCAAAGAUGGAAUAAAUCCAGCCAGAGUUCAAACAAAAUAUUUAUCAUCAUAUAAUUUGAAAACAAAAAUAUAUGAUCAAACUAUAAUUUUCCAUUACCAAGUCCAAAAUGAUAAACGGUUAUUAUCAAGUAUUUCACAAUCUGAUGAUUAUGUAAAGUCCCCUAUCUUAAGUUUCCAAUAUGAACAAAUCAACGAAAUAUGGAUGAUAAAAUCGGCUGUACUUCCUAAUGGAUUGAUGGUUAAUUAUGCAUAUAAAAACUUGCAAGCAUUUCAGCACCAGGAAUUGACUAAGUUUGAAGUGCAGAACGAUCUUAGAAUUUUAUAUGGAAAUGAUUUCAUAGCAGUCAGUUAUAUAAAAGGCAACGAAAACUUGGUCAUCACUGUUUUCAGUCCAGAAAUGACUCAACUUAUGACAACUUCCAUAACAUCUAAAAACUGUAAAAGUUAUAUUCCAGCUCAAGGCGAUGAUUAUUUUGCCCUGACAACUUUUUAUGAGAAUUAUAAGGAAAUUUAUAUAUUUCAAAAACAAUCCAAUGGAACUUGGCCUAAGGGUUCACAAAAAUUCAGAUAUUCGACUAAUGAUUUGACAAUAUUUGGAAGUAAUUUCUUAGUUGUGGCCAAAGAAUUUAAAGUUAUCAUUAUUGAAGGUAAAAUUCAGAAGAAUUGGCAAAUAGUUCGUGAGUAUAAUACUAAUAAAAAAUAUAUGUAUUUAGCAGUUAACAAUGAUAAAUUCGUAGUAUACGAUGAUAACUCUUUAUACUUUGGUUAUAAAGAUGUUCACGACAACUGGAACUUUAAAAAUGUUUUACAAGUUAAAAAUGUGAUUUCAAAUAUGGUUGGAACGAUUGAUAUGUUUGAUAUUAAAGAUAUUACAAAAAGUGAUAUAAAAGGCUUUUUUAUGCGAAAUUCUUUGCAAUUUUCAAACAAUAUUGCACUCUUGUAUUCUUGGAGUUUGCACAAUGGACAAAUGUACACAAAUCUUUAUACAUUUGUCUUCGAUGGCAACAAAAGUAUAGCAAAAUAUAAAACUUUUACCGUUAAACAAGAUAAUCUCCAAAUGCUAUCUAAGGAGAUGACGACAGAUGAUGGAAAUACUAUCACGUUUGGAGGAAAGUUUAUAGAUGAAUUAGAAAAAGAGCGUACGAAAAGUAUUCAGGACGAUCGUAGACAUGCCAAAGAAAUUAAUAAGCAAGUAGAUGAUAUAAUUAAAGAAACUAAAGCCAAUAUAACCACAGACAUCCAAAAGAAUAAAGAAUUUAUAUUAGAUUUAUCGCCUUAUUUAGCAGAACUGGCAUCAAACUAUGUAGCUGCUAACAGUACAAUCUAUCAAUUUACUGGCGAUGAUUGGAAACAGGACACGCAAAAUCAUAAAACUGAAGAUACCUCUCGAAAAGAACAGCAGAAAAAAGUAGAAGAAAAUGCUAAAUUGCUUAUUAAUUCAACCUUGACGGAUAAGUAUUCAAGUGUUGAAAUUGCACAAUUUUAUCCAAACAAACUGGACGAUGAAGAAGUUGGUUAUUUUGGCUUUGAAGAUUACGAGAAAGAUGAAAUUACCAUCAACGGUGGCUCCAAUUACUUACACUUAGAUGAGGGUGUAUUCAGUGGAUCAUUUCAACCAAGAAAUCAAAAUUUAACAUUUAUUUCAUCUUGCUGGGUUCGUCCACACAACACGACUUUUAUCCUAGGAGAAAUCACUCCGUACUUUAAAGUUGCUUUGACUGACUCAAGUGGGUACAAUUUUUAUGGCAUAUUAUCCGAGGCAAAGUAUAAAUCUGGUGAUUGGUUUUAUUUGGAAAGUGUUAUUGAAUAUCCUUAUGCUAAAUCUAUUUUAGAUAAUAUCAUCGUAAAUAAUACAGACUACAACAGAAAUGCAUCGAAUUUUAUAGGUAUGACAUUAACUAUAACUUCUGGAUUAUAUAUGACUUUAGAUAUCGAUCAUAUACGUCUACUACCUAUUGAUAGUAAAUUUGAGAUAAAUGUUUAUGAUAACAACAGAAUAUCAGCUGUAAUUCAUAGCAAUGGUUUGGUGUCUCGCAAUUUUUAUGAUGUUCUAAAGGACAAUGUUGCACAUGUUAACGCUUAUGGUAUUCUGGAUAAAUUUCAAGCUAGAAGCAAAAGUUUAGAUAAACGUUCUUCCCGAAAUUCUGAUCGAACCAGAAAGCUUAAAUUUGACUUCAGACCUUCCAGUACUGGUGGCGGUAAAUUAAUAUUUUCAAAUUUAUUUGAGAUAACCAACUCAGAAUUAAAAAUAUAUUCAUCACCAAAAGCAUAUAAUAUUCCUGUUAAUGGUGAACUAUUGUGGAUUAUGGAAAAUGGUCAUUGUUUUAUCUGGAUAAAUGGUAACUUGUACUAUGAUCAAGAUUUGCUGUCUGAGAAUCCUGUGGAUAUAAUAUUACCGCCAUAA